AUUUAACCCCUAAUUUUUUUUCUGUUGCCUCCCAAAUUCAACGCUUCUUCGUUUGUUGAAUCAUUAUACUGCAACAAUUUAAAUUCCCAGAAUUAUUUGUACUGAUAUUAUCGUAGAUCAAGUUUUGUUGCUGGGGAAUUCGCUCAUGAUUUCUAGUCGACAGCGCGUUUGAUUUGGCUUUUUCAAUCUCUGGAACAUCCCGUUAGUGGAUAAGUAUCUGCUGUGGUUCUAUCUCUUGGAUUGUUGGUUUACUUGUAAAAAUGGCUGAAAAAGCAUGUGUGAAGCGCCUCCAAAAGGAAUAUAGAGCACUCUGUAAAGAACCUGUUUCCAACGUGGUGGCACGCCCUCUGCCAAACGACAUCCUUGAGUGGCAUUAUGUGUUGGAGGGAAGUCAAGGAACACCCUUUGCAGGUGGAUAUUACUAUGGAAAGAUAAAGUUCCCACCGGAAUACCCAUUUAAACCUCCAGGAAUCAGCAUGACUACUCCAAAUGGACGCUUUAUGACACAAAAGAAGAUAUGCCUGUCCAUGAGUGAUUUUCAUCCAGAGAGUUGGAACCCAAUGUGGUCCGUGUCCAGCAUACUCACUGGGCUCCUUUCAUUCAUGAUGGACAAUAGUCCUACCACAGGCAGUGUCUCAACUACAGAAGAAGAGAAACAAAGGCUUGCAAAGGCUUCUCUGGCUUUUAACUGUAAAAUCCCAACCUUCAGGAAAUUGUUUCCAGAAUACGUAGAGAAAUAUGAAGAACAGCUAGCAGCUGAGCAAUCCAUAGAUCAUGCAACACAAGAAUCUAUUCAGGAUGAAAAUUCUGGGCCUACUUUAAAAAGACGUGGAGCUAAAGAGGAGCUGAAAAAUAUGCAUGUCGCGAAGGAGUUGAAUAACCAGCAGAGGCGGCGGUCUUUUCCUACCUGGUUGCUGAUGUUGCUAGUUUUCAUUUUUGCUGCUGUAAUGGCCCUGCCUCUGCUUCAAAUUUGAUACAUAACGAUAAUGGAAGGGGAAUGUUAAGUGUCCAGGUCCUACAUUUCUUGAUGUCCCAGAAUUCUUUAAUGUACCAAACAGGACUUGUAUAGUGGUUGUGCUAAUGAAAGAAGUGUGUUGAGUAACCAUCUGAUGUCAUCGUCUCAGUGCUGCCAUUAAGUUUAUAAUUGCACGUCCGUGUAUCAUUAAAUUCUGAUGCAUCAACAGGUGGAGAAA